ACGGGGAACGAAGUGUCUCCUCCAGAGCAGAAGCAGCAUCAGUCAGAAAGCACGCGCAAUUGCUCCUGCCUGUCAGACCCAGUCAUGCUGCUGGUUUCUCUCUCGCUUAGUUGCCCCUCCACCCAUUUCAGUACGCAGCUUUGAGAUCUGACCUGCAUUUCUCGGUGUAAGUAGGAAAAAAAGGGCGCGAAUCUUGCAUAGACUAGAUGAUCAGUGACGUAUUCAGGAAACGCCUUGCAAUACGUGCGGUCUAUCAGAGACCUAGAGUAAUAGUAGGUGCGCAAAGGUGGAAACGCGAAGGUAAUCGAACGAAGGACGCUUUCGUCGGCACUUGCGGCGACCACGUUAGAUUCGGAUCAAAACUGCCAUGUACUCUUUAAGUUUAGACUAGGAAACUAAAGAACCGACUUCCCACAUAGGCCGCUCGUACUCAUGCUUUGGGUGACUAAGCUCGCGAUCCAAUUCGUGGCAUAACGGUAGUAGACGUGGGACGUGUAGCGAGGUGAUAAUAUCGAGGGCGGAUGCCUCUCGGUUUUGCGGAACCUCAAGACGAGGAGCCGAGACACAUGCCGCCAUCCGCGCAUGCGCCCCCAUCGGCGCACGCGCCUUCCGCCGCGCCCUCUGCGCAGGCGCCCCCGCUGAUGCCCUACCGAACGGCGCGCUGUUCGGCUCCGCCGUGCCCCUGCAGCAGCAGCAGCAGCUGCUCCAGGGGCGCGACGGGGAGGGCACGCAUGCGCAAGCGCAGGUCCAUGCUCCGCAGCAGGAGCUGAAGCCGCCGUCACAGCAGGCGCCGCUACAGGCGCCGCAGCACGCGGGGCAGCCGAUGUUUCUAAACAGUCAGCAAACGGAGUCUCUAGGUACCAUCGCAAUUCCCCCCGCAGUACCCGCCACAACAGGCCCCGCAGUAUCAGCAGCAGCAGCCGUUUGCGCAAGGGAUGGCGGACAAGGGGGGAUGCAGCAACAGGGGCAACAGAACCAAUACCAGCAGCAGCCGCAGCAGCAGCAGCCCCUUCCGGUAUUUCAGCAGCAUCAGCAGUAUCACCAGCAGCAACAGCAACAGCAACAGCAGCAGCAGCAGCCAGCAGCAGCAGGGGCAGCAGCACCUCCACCCGCCGUCUCUCCACACUCUCUCUGUCACUGGAAACACGAGCGUGGCUCGUACCCCAGAAGGCAACUCGUCGUUCAGUCGCGGCAGACGCAUCCGCAGCAGCAGCAGCAGUACCAGCAGCAGCAGCAUCCGCAGUACCAGCCGCUUCAACAGCAACAACAGUACCCUCCUCAUCAGCAGCAGCAACAGCUGCAGCAACAGCAGCAGCAGCAGCCGAUUGUGCCGCCGCUCCUCCACCUUCCCCUCCCCGCGCUCAUCGAACCCCCCAGCCCCGGCUCCCCUUCCCCACCCUCGCUGUCCUCCAAGUCCCCGCGGAAGUCCACCCGCCGAUGGAGCCGCUUCCGCCGCUGCUUCCGCCCCCUUCCAAUCUCUCCUCUUCCGCCACCGCCGCACCAUCGCUCCCGUCUCUCGGCCGUCCCCUUCCUUCGCUUGCGCACAACACACGUGGGCUCCCCUUUGGCGGAAACGGCCCAGCGGGCGCAAGCUCCACGGAGAACACCGCGGGGGCGGCGGCUCCGACACCAGCCACCACCGCGAACUACACGACUCCCGCGGGCCGGCUGCGCGUGGGCUCGCACCUUCCGCUGCUCGGCGGACGGUUCCGCUUCCGCGCAACGAUUUCGGAGGGCGGAUCUGCGCGCGUGUUCGAGGCGUCAGAAUCAAAAUAAGCUACAACCGACCGUUGUCAUUAAAGCCAUGCACCGACAGUAUCGCGAGGUGGGGCGGCAGGAGCUACAGCUGCUACACAUACUCAACUCGCUGCUGCCGGCCGCGAUCGGCGUGCAGAAAACGACAACGCGGGGGACGGCAGUCAGAGCAGUGACGGCUGUCCGGUUCUUCACGGAUCUCUCCUCGAUUACCUUUGCCGCAGAGCCGUCGAAGACGCCUCCGCGAAACCCGCCGCAUCAGCCGUCAUCGCCGCGUCACCCGGCGGCGCGACCGCGUCCUGCACUUGCGCGGAGUCUCCCGCAGAGGCUGCGGGCGCGCGAGCGGGCCAGUUCCGCGCGCGCCAGCAUUCCCCGACAGAGUGGAGGACGUACGCGCGGUUGCGCGCCAGGUGCUGACGGCUCUCGCGGCGGUCCAUUCGAUCGGGUUCAUCCACGGCGAUAUCAAGCCCGAAAAUAUUCUCCUCGCCGCGCCGAUUCCAAGCGGAGCUGCUGCCGCCGCCGCAGGGGGAGCGUCGGGUUCAGAGAGGCGGGUUUGCCCGUGAAGGAUUUGUGUCGAGAUUUUGAUGUUCAGACACUCGCGUACCGGGCACCGGAAGUUUUGCUUGGGCUGCCCUUCGAUAAGAGUAUUGAUCUCUGGUCACUGGGGUGUGUUCUGUCGGAGCUCGCGAUUGGCCGGUUGCUUUUCGUGUGCGAUUCGCCGGCUCAGCUGCUUCGCCAAAUGGUG